GAAGCCAAAACAGAGAGAUAGGGUGAAGGAGAGAGAGGAUUGUUUCUUUCACUGGAUGCCACCAGCAGCAGCAGCAGCAGCAUCUCGGAACCGGACGAGAGGUGACUUGGGCUGGGGGGAGAAGGUGUGUGCGCGCGCGCGUCUGUGUGCGUGUACUGCGCGUCUGGCGGAGAGACUGCAGGAGCAGGAGAGACGCUCAACUUGCUGCCUCUCUGCGCCGCUCUGUCCUCUGCGUCGCCGCGCCUCCCGACUCCUUCUCUCCGGGACACAAGCAUCUGGCGUGGGGACAUGUGAAGAGGUUUGAAGUAUGGCAUGCAAAGAUGGUUUCUGCCAAGAAGAAGGAGACGGUGACAGCGAUGCGCCCCGCUUUUAUUCGGACCCUGUUCUACUUUUUCUGUUUGGCGACUUGUGUAAAGAAAAUAUCUGGACAGACAAGAAAGGAUGAACGGAUCUAUCCGGAGAAUUUUACUCGGAUUUUAGACCGUCUACUGGACGGCUAUGACAACAGGCUGCGACCUGGAUUCGGGGGUCCUGUGACUGAGGUCAAGACCGACAUUUAUGUGACAAGUUUUGGGCCUGUCUCAGAUGUUGAAAUGGAGUACACAAUGGACGUGUUCUUUCGACAGACAUGGGUGGACCGUAGGUUGAUGUAUGAGGGCCCGAUAGAGAUUUUGAGGCUGAACAACCUGAUGGUGACUAAUGUGUGGACACCAGACACCUUCUUCAGGAAUGGCAAGAAGUCAGUCGCUCACAACAUGACAGCCCCCAACAAGCUGUUCCGCAUCAUGAAGAAUGGCACCAUUCUGUACACCAUGAGGUUGACUAUUAGUGCUGAGUGUCCCAUGAAGCUUGUGGACUUCCCCAUGGAUGGACAUGCGUGCCCCCUCAAGUUUGGAAGCUAUGCCUAUCCUAAAACAGAGAUGAUCUAUACUUGGACCAAAGGGCCUCAGCAUUCAGUGGAGGUCCCUCCUGAGUCCUCCAGCCUCGUUCAGUAUGAUCUCAUCGGCCAGACGGUCUCCAGUGAAACGAUUAAAUCCAUCACAGGUGAAUAUGUGGUGAUGACGGUCUACUUCCACUUGAAACGUAAAAUGGGCUACUUCAUGAUUCAGACGUAUAUCCCCUGCAUAAUGACAGUAAUCCUCUCCCAAGUGUCCUUCUGGAUAAAUAAAGAAUCGGUCCCGGCACGCACAGUCUUCGGAAUCACCACUGUCCUGACCAUGACGACACUCAGUAUCAGCGCUCGCCACUCCCUCCCCAAGGUCUCCUACGCCACUGCAAUGGACUGGUUCAUCGCUGUCUGCUUCGCCUUCGUCUUCUCUGCCCUCAUUGAGUUCGCUGCCGUAAACUACUUCACCAACGCACAGAUCGAGCGGGCCAAAAAGAAGCCGGCCAAAUGUCCCCCGGUGCCCCAAACCACGCCUGUCAAGGUCAAGGACACAGAGGAAGCGCUGCAGAAUCCUGAUACCAAUGGUAACCUAAGAAAGCGGAUUAAUUAUAUUUCCCAACAAGAGUCCAGGAGUCACCAGAAAGCCCAGUCCACCACCAACAUUUCGGGAGUAGGAAGAGCGAGGCCGCUACGACCUUUAGCCACUGGUGCCAAUGGCAGCUCCUCCACCCUCUCCCGCUCCAGCCCCAAAUCUGAGAGCCUGCUUAGUGUAGCCUCCUCCUCUGCCCAGCUGGUGAAGAGUACGCCCCAGGCUGCAGCUUCCACACCAGAUGUAAUGGCGGGGACGCCGUGCAAGGAGAACACCACCGCCCCGUCUCUGCAGCAUCUGCUGGGGCCCAAGCUGGAGCGCAUCCAGAUGAUGGGGAACAAACUGGAGAUAAAGCAGACGCCAUGCUCCCAGCCCACCACGGCUGGUAUGGGUGGAACCAGCAAAAUUGACAAGUAUGCCCGGAUCCUGUUCCCAGUGUCCUUUGGGGCUUUUAAUAUGGUCUACUGGGUGGUUUACUUGUCCAAGGAAACAGCAGUGGCUAAAGGUGGGUAGACUUUGCUCUGGCAACAUGAGUGAAGACUUAUUUCUUUUAACAGAUGGGAAGCAAACAAGGAUUAUGGGAGUUACAAACAAAAAGAGGAAAUUAUUGUUCUUGCCAAACAGAUAAACAGAAUGUGCUCACCAAGCACUUCCAUAUCCUGGAGAACACACUCAGAAUAUAUAUAUAUUUUUUUCUUCCUAAGGUCCUCGAACAGCAAGCAUGGGAACAAAUCAGCCAAAUUAGAAAUAUCUGACUCAACAGAAGAAAGAACACCUGAACACAGGAAUAUGCUACCGUCCUCUUUAUACCGUGCUACGUCUGACUGUGAAGGUCUUCAUUGGCUUCAACUGCCUCAUGAUCCUUUUGGCCCUGAGUCAAGAUAAAGCAUGGGAUUUUUUCAUUUUCCUAUUUUUGUACCCUGCAUCUGGCAAGAUGUUGG